GUUCAUGCUGUGUGCUAAUGAACGGAUGGCAUUCCAUUAGUUCCAAUUGCCUCUCGCGGGACUCACAUUUCUAAAUAUCGCGAAUUUUCCUGCUGUUUAUACGUGUGGCAGUAGUUUCAGGCAAGUCCAAGAAAGGUGGAGACUUCCCUGCACAAUAAUCAUUACAAACAUAGGUUUGGUAAGCUGCUAUUCAGCAAAGGCGAAUGGCUUAACUUGCAUAUCGGUAGUGAAUUUGCAAAAAGCACCUUGGCUUAGUAAAUACAUAUAGCUAGCUAGCAUUCAAGCUGCUAGCUAACCCAAAGAAACGGAUAGCAGAUUCCAAACAUCUGAUAGCGACAUUGAAGGACAUUAUGGUAGAGGUUGUGGUUGAGUAUGAGUAUGAUGCCCUCCAUGAAGAUGAGCUGACCCUAAGGCUGGGAGACGUGAUCAGGAAUGUCCGCAGGAUCGAGGAGGAGGGAUGGAUGGAGGGAGACCUCAACGGGAAGAGAGGACUCUUCCCUGACAACUUCGUCAAGGAGGUAAAGGAGCCCAAGGAGGUGAACGUGACAAAGGAGGAGGCCGAGGAGGAGCUGCCCCAGCGGAGAGAGAAGAGUGCAGGGAACGUGGCCAACCUGGUCCAGAGGAUGAGCACCUACGGCAUCCCAGCUGGGGGCUUCCAGCCACACUCACAGCCCCGUGGACUCAAGAAGAUGUCUAAGAAGCGGCAGUGCAAGGCGCUGUUUGAUUACAUGCCCCAGAACGAGGAUGAGCUCGAACUGAAGAUGGGGGAUACCAUCGACAUCGAUGAGGAGGUAGAGGAAGGCUGGUGGAGUGGAACCAUGAACGGAAAAUCAGGACUGUUCCCCUCCAACUUUGUCAAAGAGAUUGAGACGAACGAAGAUGAAGAAACAAACGAAUUAACAGAUGAAACUGACGUUAGCGGUAAAGAAGCUCUGCUUCUCCCCAGCCCCCCCAUCCACCCCUCUCCAGGCAACGGAGUGAUCGCCCAGCCCAAGAAGAUCCGGGGGGUGGGCUUCGGGGACAUCUUCAGGGAAGGUUCAGUCAAGCUGAAGGUCCGCCUGCCCAGCUCAGAGGGAGAAGAGAAGAAAGACAAACCAAUCCCAUCAUUACCAUCUGCCGCAAAGCCCGCCCAUUCCAACACGACAGAUUCACAGAAAGCAGAGGGGGACAGCAAAGCAAAAGUAAAAGAAUACUGCAAGGCCACCUUUGCUUUUGAGUCCACAAACGAAGACGAGCUGACACUGAAAGAUGGCGACGUAAUACAAAUAUUGAGUAAGGACACUGGGGAGCCGGGGUGGUGGAGAGGGGAGAUCGGAGGUAAAGAGGGCGUCUUUCCUGACAACUUUGUGGCUGUUAUGUCAGAUGAAGACAAAGAGCCAGCUCCCACAUCAAGAGGAUCAGUCAAACUGUCUCCCAAGCAGGAAGCAGAAGAGAGACUCAAGAAGCCGCCGCCACCAUCAAAAAGCAUAGCUCGAAAACCCGAGGUCCCGAGCGCCGACAAGAAGCCCCAGCAUCCCCAUCCUGAGGAUAGAGGUGACAAGACAGAUCACAAAGUGUCAAAGCCUACUGCCCCUCUGGUCCCCCCCAAGAAGCCCGUACCCCCGCCAAGCAAGGGAAGACCAGCCAGCCUCCCUCCAAAACGACCAGACAAGCCUCUCGCACCCUCCCCAGGGUCCAAACACAAUGGAGAGGUGCCUUCCACGCGACCAAAGUCUGACAUUGAGCCAACAUUACCCACUAAAUCAAAAACUCUGUCCGGUGACUGGGGAGACAAAGCCCUUGACAUGGAACUGAUGAGCUUUGAUCUGUCAUCUACCUCUGAGAAGCUAUCUCACCCCACCGCUAACAGGCCAAAGAUGCCAGGCAGGAGGCUGCCCGCUCAGUUUGGAGGAGGCCACUCGCCAAACAAGGACAUCAGUGUGGAGAAAACCUUACAGUUGGACGAGGAGGAAGCACCCAAACCAAAGUUGAUAGACACAAGAAAGCCUUCCAUGCACAGCUCACACUCCCAGUCUCCCGUCCUUAAGCCCAGCCCAUCCCUGUCGGAUGGGUCAAAAGCCUACCUGGUGUCAUUCCCUGGCUGCAGAAGCCCCAGCCCUAGCUUCAGCCGAAGCCACAGCCCAGGCCCCGGCACAGAGCCCAAGCCCAGGGCAGAGCCAGAGGAGCAGAGGUCUGAGCUGGAGGACCUCCAAUCCCAGAUGAAAGAACUGCUGCUGUCUGUGGAGCUCCUCAAGACCCAGCAAAUGAGAGAGAUGGCAGAGCUAAGAAGCGAGCUGGACGAGGAGAAGUUGAAACGAGUUGCCCUGCAGAUGGAGAUAGAGAAAUUAAAGAAGACAGUUCAGUCAACGUGAAGUCUGACCCAAUCAGCCUGGAACAUCAGUCACCUAUCUGUCUGUCCCUGACCCCGCUGGGCAGAGACUCAGGAGUGGGACGAUGGCAUUCCUAUAAUCCUCUUAGAUAUCAACCUAUUCCACAUUUGUAAGAUUUACAUUUUUGCACAUGAAGGUUUUCUAGUUAUAUAAAGGUGUAAUUAAAUACGGAUGUAUAUGUUUUUUUGUUAGAUUUUAGUUUCUGUUUUGUUUUGCCAACACAAAUGAUUGAGGCCUUUCUACUGUGCUGGACUGGCAUUCUCUAUGGGAAUGUGUGAGGAUUGCUCUCAAUACUACUACUGAUUCUAUAUGAAGCGAUAGUUUUUAUUAGCGUUUGUUUUCUUAUUUUUGAAGACUUCCAAGUAGUUAAUUUUAAGUAUCCAUGUUAGCAUCUUUAAAUCAUAAUGAAUGAUAUUGUGAUUUGUCUGUUGCUAUGGCGGUGUUGUACUCCAUUGCUUUGGCAUUAGGGAGAUUUUCUUUUUCUUUUCUUUUUUCCUAACAUUCCUAUCCAGGGUAUCACUAUUGUGCCUGUUAAAAAAAUCUUAGCGUUAAUAUUGGUAGCUUACAUUUAUCAAAAGGUUUAGGCUUGCUGCAUGAUAUAUUUUUUUAAGUCUACUGACGAUGUGCUUACACAGAGGGCCGUUUUUCUCUUGUACAAUUUAUGUGAGAAGGUUCUCUCGGAAAGAGCAAUUAGAGUCAUUGUACAGGUGUAUAAUAUAGAUCCUAUAUUUAGUACCAUCAAAUACAGCCAAUAAUAGCCAUACUUGAAAAGAGCACCAGUGAUUUACGGGCUAAAACUCCAUUUUAUUCCAUGCCACUGUAAAGAUUGUGGCUUACUCAUUGAUUGUUGUUCUCCUGUA